AUGUUCUCCGUAGCGCUGCGCUGCCACGGCAGACGAUGUCGCCCGUCCGACUACUCGGCCCUGGCGCGCUGCGGCCUCAGCAAUGCGAUCCCCCGAGCGACCUUUACAGCGCCGUCUGCUGUCGUCAAGACGCAGCUGAGAACAGCGGCCCAGGCCCAGGCAGGCAACGGCACGUGGCGCCCGGUUUCUGUGCUUGACGAAUGGGUUGCGAAAGAGGCCCGACCCAUCAGCUUGCGCCAGCUGAUGGUCUUUGGACGCUCCCUGACCGAGUCGCGACUUAUAAGCUCUGCAAACUACGUCCGAACCGAACUCCCCGUCAGAAUUGCGCAUCGAAUCCGCGACAUGCAAAAGCUCCCCUACGUCGUCGUGACCAACCGCCACAUUGAAGAAGUCUACAAGCUCUACUACAACGCCUUUGACACGUUCCGCAAGGUCAAGGAGAUCAGGACCCUGGAAGACAAUGAAAAGUUCUGCGAGAUCAUCAGCCAGAACCUCAAGGGCCAUCUGACCGUCAUCCCCAAGCUGGCGAUGGGCAUUCUUGAGUGCGGCGGCCUGAUGGACCCCAAGGAGCUGGACCACUUCAUGAAUGUCAUUCUCCGAUCGCGCAUCUCCCGUCGAGUCAUCGCGGAGCAGCACCUGUCCCUUACAGAGACGUUCAACUCCCCCUACUUCUCCCCCGGCGCCACGCUCUCCGAGUCCGACUUCAUUGGCGAGGUCUUCAUCAAGUGCUCCGCCAAGGAUGUCAUCAGCCGCUGCGCCAAGGCCGUCACGCAGCUCGCCCGCACCACCAACGGGCCCGACGUGCAGGUGCCCGAGGUGCGCAUCGACGGCCACCUCAACGCCAGCUUCCCCUACAUCCUCAGCCACCUCGAGUACAUUGUCGGCGAGCUCCUGCGCAACUCGGUCCAGGCCGUCAUCGACCGCCACCAGAAGCAACCCGACCACGCCUCGUCCCCGCCGCCGCCCAUCGAGGUCACCAUCUGCGAGGCCCAGGAGCACGUCAUCAUCCGCAUCUCGGACCGCGGCGGCGGCAUCCCCCGCGACGAGCUGCCCUACCUCUGGUCCUUCAGCAAGGGGCCCCUCAGCCAGAAGCGCCUCGAGAACCUCGGCCAGGUGCCCCGCAUGGCCGCCACCAUGCAGGAGCUCCACGUCACCGACGAGCUCGGCCGCGCCGACCUCAAGGCGCCGACCUACCUAGGCUCGCUCUCGACCCUCACCAGCCGGCCCCCCAACCUGCGCCUCGGCAUGGGUCUCCCCCUUAGCCGUGUCUACGCCGAGUACUGGGCCGGCUCGCUGAACCUGCACAGCUUGGAGGGCUACGGCGUCGACGCCUUUUUGCAGAUUUCGAGGCUGGGGAACAAGAACGAGCAGCUCACCACGAGAGCUAGCAUGGACGCCGUUUAG